AUGUUUGUUAUUCCUUUGAGUGUUGCAUCCAUAUGGCUAACUGUCACCAACCAGCAAGAUAACAGCAUCUAUGGAAAAGUGGAGUACAGUAAUUUCAUUGGACUCAAGUACAUGGUUUGCAUCAGUGCUAUAUCUGCAGGAUAUGCCCUUUUUGGUGUUGUUUCCUCAUGGGUCAGAUGCCUAAUGACUAAAACAUGGCUUUUCUUUGCUUCAGAUCAGGUGCUAGCAUAUUUAAUGGUGACAUCAAUGGCUGCAUUGGUGGAGUUUCUUUACUUGGCAUAUAAUGGGGAUCCAGAAGUGACAUGGAGUGAAGCCUGUGGUUCUUUUGGAAAGUUCUGCAAUAGAUUAAAAAUUGCUUUGGCUCUGUAUGUUAUAGCAGUUUGUUGUUUCCUUGCAUUGGCUGUAAUCUCAGCUUAUAGGCUCUUUAGGAGAUUUGAGCCUCCUUUUGUUCCUUCUAAAGAAGUUGGGCAAGAAAUGACUUGA